AGUGCCCGUGUCAUCGUUUUAAGCGUCGUUGCCUCUUGCUAAUUUUUCUUGCGAAAAAGUGUGGGAAAAAGAACAAAAACUAUGAACAUUUGACGGCCGUCAUAAUUGUCGAAGUAUCGGGAAUAGAAGAAGUCGAAAUACCAAUGGUUUAUAAGUAAACCUGCAGCACAAAACUUUUUCCUAGCAACCCGGGACUCCUUUCUUUGUACGUGUGUUUGUUUGCGCGUGUGUUUGUCCGUGUGUGCGAGUAAGUGAUUGUGUGUGUGCGUGCGUGCCAAGAAAGUGUGUGUGUGUAUGUGAAAAAAAAGCCGCACACUGCAAAAAAACGCGAAUAGACGAACAAAUUUUCAUUUUCCCAACGGUCGAGAAUAACCGCUAAAAUUGUGGAAAAACAGGAGAAAACCCCGAAGCGGAAGAAGAAGACUGCAGCCAGUAAAAUGUCUGCAGUUUAUUCGCCGCAACCGCCGCAGCAGCAGCAGCAAUUGCAGCCGCAGCAGCAGCAACCCCCGCCACAGCAACAACAACAACAGCAGCAGCAGCAGCAACCGCCCCCGAAUAAUGCCCCCAAUCAACAGCCUCCUCCUGGUUCCGGUGUGGGCCCCGGCGGAGGAGGAGGAGGUGGCGGCGGCGGUGGUCUCCCAGGAGUCGGUGGCGGCGGAGGUAGCAUCUUGCCGAUGGGAAUGCAACAGCAGCAACAACAGCAACGACCACAAAUGGGCGUACCCGGUUCACCCGGCAGCAUCAUCUCCGGCGGCGGCGGUGGCGGUGGCGGCAUGAUGGUCACACCGCCGUCCACACCGCGCGGCUCUAAUGUGGUGCCGCCGCAGGUCAACUCUGCCCAGAUCCAAAAGAUGCUGGACGAGAACUGUGGCCUCAUCCAGACCAUUCAGGACUUCCAGAGCAUGGGCAAGGCGCAGGAGUGCAUGUCCUACCAUGUGGCGUUGCAUCGAAAUCUUGUCUAUCUCGCCCAGCUGGCCGAUCCCACCAUGAAUAUCUCCCAAAUACUGCCGCCACCGCACAUCCUCCAGACGCAAGCCAUGCAACAGAGCGGCCAGCAAACGCCCCCAUCGGGACCGCAUGGUAUGUUGGGCGGACCGCCACCUCAACAGCAGCCCGGACAGCAGGGUGCUCCGCCGCAAAUGGGCAUGCAGCAGCAUGGCGGCGAUCCUCAGGGUCCACCCGUUCAGAUGACGCCGUAUGGAGCGCAACAGCAGCAACCACAGCCACAUCCCGGACUGCCGCCCAAUGCCCAACAGCAAUCUCAACAGCAGCAGCAGCAACAACAGCAGGCUGCAGCGGCGGCGGCGGCUGCAGCAGCGGCAGCGGCAGCUGCUGGUCAGCAGCAGCAACAACAGGGACCGCAGGUUAGCCAGGCGGGCCCGCAGUCACAGCAGCAGCAUCCCGUCUACCGUAAUGCCCAGGGUCAGGGACAACAGCCUGGUCCGGGACAGGGACCAGGACAAGGACCAAAUCCGAAUGCAGCGCCCAAUCAACAGCGUCCCAACAAUGGACCACUGCCAGGACCCCAGAAUCCUCAGCAGCAGCAGCAGCAACAGCAGCCCGGUUCACAGCAGCCGCCCAAUCAGCAGCAGAGCGGUCCUCAGCCUGGUGCCGGUGGACCCGGUGUCCCGCCGCCACAGAGCCCCUAUCGCGUCAGUUACCAACAACAGCAGCAACAACAGCAACAGCAGCAGCAGCAGCAUGGCCACUAUCCUGGCUAUCCUCCGCAGCCGCAAACUCAAUACCAGCCACAGCCCGGCGCCUAUCCUUAUGGACCGCCCACCCAGGGCUACGGACCGCCGCCGCCAGUGCCACCGAAUGCCGGCCAAGGUGGCUAUCAUCAUGGGCCAGGUGCAGCAGCGGCAGCAGCUGCAGCCGCAGCAGCAGCGGGAGCCGGCGGACAUGGCUAUCAGCCGAAUGCCGGUGGACCGGGAGGACCACCGCCUGGUGCAUAUCCUCCGCCGCCUGGUAGCCAGCAGGUACCGCCAGUGCCGGGACAACAACAGCAGCCGCCACCACAAGGACCACCACCGCCCGGCCAGAUGUACGGUCCACCGCCCACCGGUGGACAGCAGCAGCCAGGACCGCCGCCCCAGAGCCAGUACGGUCCGCCGCCGCCACAGAAUUCAGCGGGUGGGCCGCCGCCGCCGAUGGGCUAUGCAGGGUAUCCACCUCAGCCUGGGCAGUACGGUCAGGCGGGAGCCGGUGGAGGACCUCCGCCACCUGGCAGCUACGGACCACCACCUCCGCCCACGGGCAGUGGCCAGAGUCCUUAUCAGGCGUAUCAACAGCAGCAGCAACAGCAACAACAGGCGACUGGUGGUGGCGGUGGGGGUGGAGGACCGCCGGGCAGCAGCUAUCCGGGAGGACCGCCCAAUAGUGUGGCAUCGGUGCCACCGCCACCGCCGGGUGGUGCCUAUAGCAGCACGGCGCCGAGUCAAACGCCACCGCCUCAGGGAGGUAGCGCAGGUGGUGGAGCCGGUGGCGGCAACACAAAUCCUAAUGGACCCAACGCACAGCAACAGUCGACGCCGCCCCCGCAGGGCGGAGCAGGUGGUGGGGCAGGAGGCCCCACAGGACCGAGUGGAUCUGCUGGCCAGCAAUAUGCCGGACCGCCGCAGCAACAGCAGCAACCGGGCGUCGUUGUGUCCGGUGUGGCGCCACUGCCAACGCAAGUUCAACCGACAACAUACUCCACGCCGGGUAACUACAACCAACAGCCGGGAGGAGCACCACCGCCGCCCAAUCAGCAACAGCAGCAGGCGCAGCCGGCGGUCGCCGGUGGAUCAGGCGGUGGCGGUGGUGGUGGUCCUGGUGGAGCAGGAGGUCCACCCAAUGCCCAGCAGGGACAGGGCAGCCAGCAGCAACAGCAACCGCCGCCAAACGGAGCCACGCCGCCCAUGCCGCCGAAUCAAUAUCAACCGGCGCCACCAGGAGCUCCACAGAAUCCCUAUGGAGGACCACCGCCACCACCGCCACAAGGCUAUGGUCCACCGCCGCCGGGCAGUGCAUAUCCCGGCCAUGCAUACCAUCAGCCACCUCAGACUGCCGGCUAUGCCCAAUAUCCGCCGUCGCAGGGCUAUCAGGGGUAUAGGCCCGCCGGUGCCCAAAUGCCGCCACCGGGAGCACCACAAGGACCGCCGCCAACGGGAGCCUAUGGAUAUUAUAGCCAGCAGCCGCCUCAAUGAGGCAGGGAAUCCCUAUUGCCGCCGCCGGGCUUCAUCCAUCCCAAGUGAUUCGUGUCGGAAUUGGUUGGCUG